AUGGCUGGCGAAAAUGGUGCUCCCCACCAGGACCAGGUGACACCUUACGGUGUACAUACAAGAGAGUCAGAUGAGGAGGAUGCAAGCGUACAGGAGGCCGGUGCAACAGAAUGGGAAGAAGCUUCCACAGAUGAGCACCGAGCAUGGAACGAAUCGACCGAGAACAACGAACAAGGCGAACUUCGUGAAGGAAUGUUGCUGCGCGAUCUGCCAAAACGUACCACUUUCUACGAUCCAGUCGCCGAACGCCAGAUGAGCCAAACAGACUUCAAACACUUCUAUCAACGCAGCAAGGCUGAGACUCGCUCCAACACUGGCGGGACUCGCUCCCAACAGACGCCAUUCGGCAGUCCUAUGAUUGCUGCUGGCUCGCAGCCCCCAACGGAAUAUGGAGCCGAUUCUUUGCUUCUCGAUCCCGAGAAUCAGAGUACAGAACCCCAAGUUCUUUGGAAGGGUAGCUCCGAAACACCAACCUCGGCCCCAGAAUACAAUCGGCCACCUCUAGACGCCAUGUCUCCUCCUGGCGCCAGGAUAUAUCCCGGUAUGGCACCUUCCAAAGCCGGCCCUGCAUUGUACUCCAAGGAUACGCCCGACACUUCGCAGUCCACAGCUCCUGCUGUGCCCCAGAGCGGCCUUUUGGCGAGCGGUGCCUUCGAUACCGAGCCUCAAAUCACCGAAGAACUCAGUGCGAUAUCUAAAAAUAUCCAGCGAAUUCUUGAUGUCAGGCGCAAAUACAUUAAAUUAUCUGCCCAGGGACCAGAUGAUAACCCUAGGGACAUGCCAGGUUGGGACAUUUACCCCCCUCCUCCAGAACCUGCCUGGAAGGCGACCGGGGAAGUGUAUGGCUCUGGUGAGCAUGAACGGCCGUCUGAGAAGCAGGGAACGAAACGUCCUAUUAGAAGGAGAAAACCGGGCCAAGAUGUCGGUGAAGACUUCGAUAUGGAUGAUCUUCUGCCCCUCCCCGGCGACGAUGGUAUGGCUUUCAGACUGGAUGAGAGCGGCGUAUACCAAGUCUUCGAAACUGAGAAAGCUACUGAGCCUGCUAUCCAAGUCCCCACCAUCAGGGAAUUCUACAUGGACCUAGAUGAGAUCCUUACCACCUCCUCAGACGGGCCGAGCAAGAGUUUUGCAUUCCGCCGCCUCCAGUAUCUCGAGGGAAGGUUUAAUCUCUAUGUUCUACUUAACGAGUAUCAGGAGACAGCCGACAGUAAAAAGGUUCCUCACCGAGACUUCUACAACGUUCGUAAAGUAGACACCCACGUCCAUCACUCAGCCUGUAUGAACCAAAAGCACCUUCUCCGGUUCAUCAAGAGUAAGAUGAAGAAGUUUCCCAACGAAGUUGUUUUGUAUAGGGAUGGAAAACAUUUGACAUUGGCGGAAGUCUUUUCAAGUAUUAACCUGACAGCUUAUGACUUGAGUAUCGACACACUGGAUAUGCACGCUCAUACUGACUCUUUCCAUCGUUUCGAUAAAUUCAACCUAAAAUAUAAUCCCAUUGGCGAAUCUCGGCUCAGAACCAUCUUCCUCAAGACGGAUAACUUCAUCCAUGGGCGGUACUUAGCAGAAAUCACCAAAGAAGUCAUCUCAGAUCUGGAGUCGAGCAAGUAUCAGAUGGUAGAGUGGCGCAUUUCCAUCUAUGGCAAAUCCAUUGACGAGUGGGACAAGCUGGCAGCUUGGGUUGUUGAUAACAAACUCUUCUCACACAAUGUUCGUUGGCUCGUGCAGAUUCCUCGAUUAUACGAUGUGUACAAGGCCAGUGGCCUGAUGGACUCUUAUGAGCAAAUCGUCAAAAAUGUCUUCCAGCCCCUCUUCGAAGUAACCAAGGAUCCUUCAAGUCACCCAAAGCUCCACGUCUUCUUGCAGAGAGUCAUUGGCUUUGACAGCGUGGAUGAUGAGAGCAAGGUAGAACGCCGGCUAUUCAAAAAGUUCCCUGUCCCCAAGGAUUGGGAAACAAAGCAGAACCCACCAUACAGCUACUGGAUAUACUAUCUUUACUCCAACAUGGCAUCCCUAAACUAUUGGCGCAAGAAGCGGGGUUUCAAUACUUUGGUCAUGCGCCCCCAUUGCGGCGAGGCUGGAGACAGCGAGCAUCUGGCAGUGGCGGCCUUGUGCUGCCAUAGCAUCAGCCACGGUCUUCUUCUGCGAAAGGUGCCGUUGCUUCAGUACGUUUUCUACCUCGAACAAAUCGGCAUCGCCAUGUCUCCCCUAAGCAAUAAUGCCCUAUUUUUGGCAUACGAGAGAAACCCUUUCCAUCAAUAUUUCCGGAGAGGACUCAAUGUUUCUCUGUCGACCGACGAUCCUUUGCAGUUUGCCUUCACCAAGGAGCCGUUGAUUGAGGAGUAUGCAGUUGCAGCACAGAUUUAUAAACUCAGCCCUGUGGAUAUGUGUGAGUUGGCCAAAAACUCAGUUCGGCAAAGUGGCUAUGAAUUGUCGAUCAAGAAGAAGUGGCUGGGCCCCAGGUGCGACCUGCCCGGUAGAGAUGGCAAUGAGAUGGUGAAAACGAAUGUACCUGAUCGAAGAGAGGAUUUCCGAUAUCGUACUCUUCUUGAGGAAAGAGAUGUACUUGAGCAGUAUGUCAACCACAAAUCUUCAACUGUUGGUGCCCCAAGCGGCACUUCGGCCUCAAAUAAUGCGAGUUCCGCAGCUCAGAGUGGCUCUCUGAAGUCAAACGAUCAUUCCUCGAGCUCGCUUUAUAUGCCUGGUUCCGCUACUGGUAUUGUUGAGUCUUCUCAAGGCUCGUCCCGGGAGGGGCAAUACAUGGCAGAAGGCACCCACCUUUCCGGUCAUGAAGCCCGCGCAUUCCCGGGUAUUUAUACUCGCGAAUCAAGGAGCAGCAGUAUACGCAAGGAUAACAAUGCUCCACCGCCACAGCCGACUGGAGGAAGCGGGGCUUAG